AUGGACGUCCCGUCGUGGCACCCCGCGAAUCAGAACGCCGACGCGCUGCGGCGCCUCGCAAUGAGCGGCGGCGGCCGUCCCAAGCGCACCGAGUUCAAGGACGUGGACACGCUGACGGAGGCGGAGCGGGCGAUGGUCGUCAAGGACGAGAGCGCGUCGCAGGGCGGCGGUCGCGGCCUCUUGGACCCGUCGGACCGGUUGUACCUCGUGGAGCAGACGCUGUUGGAGCAACAGGCGGCCGAUCGGGAGCAACGGGAGCGCUAUGACGCACUGCAGACGUUUCGUUCCAAGGCUCUGGAAGUGCACGCUCGGAAGACGUCGGUGCCGGAGCUGGUGGUGCAAAAGCCAUCAGCGCCUCCUAAGGUGGCUAAGCCAGUGGUUGUGGUGGUGCCAAAGGCCAAGAAGAGGACGUCAACGACGGCCGAAAUGACCGUGAAGACUAAGAUGAGGAAGAAGAGUCGAUCUGGGACGCGUGCGGGACCAACGGAGAAGGCAAAAGCUGCAGGUGGCGAGUGUGGAUUCGAUGGUGCAGCUGACCGGAAACGAGCGACUGCGAACGGCGAUGUUGGAGUACCGGUAGGACCGAGUGCCGUAGCGGGACUCGUUGACGGCUACUCUAGUGAUGACUAG